AUUUUUCCUUCACUUCACUUCAUUUCCACACAACUCUAAACCAUUAGCUUAUUAUCAAUCUGCCUUUCUUUCAAAGAAAAUUAAAUCGGUUGGCGUGUGAAUAUUGUUGGCGCUCCGGUGAAACAUGAGGAACAUGAAGAAGAGUCCUAAAGUAGCGGAUGAAAGCAUGUUUGGAGAAGGAAAUGGACUUGAGUUUCCAAAUAUGGCUCAACAUACAAGGCAAGGGUACUUCUCGACUCAUCUUGCUCUUAUAUACAACAUCAUAAGGGCUCCACUCUCACUUCUAUCAUGCUUAUCAUCUCAACCAAGCAUAAGUGGUGCUACCGACGGAGUUUGGGUGUCUGGAGAGCUUGCUCGGAUGUCUGAGGUUAAUCAUCUUGUGGUUAACGAUAGCAUGCGUUAUGUUAUUUUGAUGUAAUUUAAGAGUUGUAAGUAGUAAUAAUCGAUCAUCGCUUUUCUUAAAAACAUGAUGGAGAUAUUUGGGUGAUGUAUCAAUUCCUCGUGUUUCUUUCUUUCUGUCUCGUGUUGUAUUUAUAUCUAAUAUCUUAUGUAGGAGAUAGAAAUUCAGACAAGAAUACAUAAUCAGAUUAGGGUUUU